AUGAUCCCCCGUUGCAUCGGAACAGGAAUCACGCAGUCCCUCCCCCCUCCGGAACUUCCACAGCUUGUGGCAGAGCAGCAUUAUCCAAUCCCAACCCAUGAUAAGGACUCUCAGCGCCUCAUCGUUGUCCUGUCCAAUGCGAGCCUCGAAACGUUCAAAGCCUCGCAUGGCUCCAGUCGCUACCCUGGAGGCAAGGACGAGAAGUACAGCCUGUUAAACAGCGACGAACAUAUCGGCAUCAUGCGCAAGAUGAAGCGAGACAUCAGCGAUGCGCGUCCGGACAUCACACACCAGUGUCUACUCACUCUUCUUGAUUCUCCGGUGAACAAGGCCGGGAAGUUACAGAUCUACAUCCACACAGCUAAAGGGGUGCUCAUUGAGGUCAAUCCGACCGUUCGGAUCCCGCGAACCUUCAAGCGGUUUGCGGGACUCAUGGUCCAACUUCUCCAUCGUUUGUCGAUUCGAUCGACGACCUCGCAGGAGAAGCUGCUAAAGGUCAUCAAAAAUCCCCUCACGGACCAUCUCCCCCCCAAUUGCCGCAAGGUCACCUUGAGUUUCGAUGCGCCCAUGGUACGACCACGAGACUAUAUCGAAACCCUGGCCCCUAAGGAAAGCCUUUGUCUUUUCGUGGGUGCCAUGGCCAAGGGAAAAGACACAUUUGCGGACGACAUGAAAGAUGAAUCGAUCAGCAUCAGCAAUUUCUCGUUGAGCGCCUCGGUUGCAUGCAGCAAGUUCUGCCAUGCUGCCGAGGACUCCUGGGACAUUCUUUAG